AUGCCCUUUGGGUAUACAACGGAUAGCGAUGCCCUUGAUCUAUUCAGUGGCGGGCAUCCAUCUACGUUAUCUCCCUUCCCAAGGAAUACUGAGUCGAUGAACCUGCACAGGAUGGCUAUUUCUUCCUUGUUGUUCCCACACAAGGAUUUGCCACCACCGCUUGACCCUGUCGCCAUCCUUGUAGACUCUCAUAAAUGUUUUUCUGUACAAAAAGAAAAUAGUUCCGCGGGCGAAAGUGCCUCUACAUGUUCCGGUGAUCAAGCCUCCAAAACUUAUAACGAAACAGAUGGUUUGUCUCUUUUCUUCAACGGGAUGGCUGCGGGCGAGGACAUGAGCACGCUGAUCUCUAUCUUGAGUCAGACCCUCCAAAGGGCCCGACGGACCGCGACAUGGCCGACAUCACCACUGCUGAAUUACACCCAUAGCGAAAAGAGAGGGAAUGUUGAUGCAGGCAAGCCGAGGUUUUUAGGCGAUGUUGAGAAAAAAAACAGCGAGGGUUCUUUACAAUUGGAAUCACCUUUUCUGAACACAUCACUCUCGGGUUUGUUGUCGUCGACGCCGAGCUCCUUAAUAUCGCAGCGGGAGUGGAUAAAAGAGGCGACCCGGGCUGCGGUGCUCUUUUCAGUUGAAAGCCUCGCGACGUCGGAUGCGGUGUCGCUUUUUUAUUAUUCGUCAUGCUUCACAGAGCGUUUGAGGUUGAAGGGAGCGAUAAAAAGCGCGGGAGAUCGGAAGAGGGAGUCUGAUCUUUUUUUUUUUCGACACCCUAACGAGGUCUUACGGCCGCUUCUGAGCGAUCGGGUGGUAGUGGCGCUCGCUCGACAACUGCUCCGGGAUUGCCACCACAGCACUAACCCCGGUCAGCUCGAUGAGGUCGAGCGGGUUUUGGAGCAGAUCGACCCUACACCCGCCAUAGACGCGGUUUUAAUUGACCUCUACAGCCGCAAGGGGAAGUGGGAAAGGGCCUUGAAUAGCCUACACCACAUCCCCCAAAGCCUGUGGACGGAAUUCGAUAUCACGGGUGUGAUUCGAUCUUUUUACCGCGCCGCACUGAGGAACGACGUUCCUUCGUCAUCCGAAGCCUUCCUUAAAGGAUUGAAUUUAUUAUCACCAGGACGUGUAGAGGAGGGGUGUAUGAACUUAUCGAGUGUGUCGAAGGAGGGGGAGAGUAGGACAGAGCCUGAGGUCGAAUUUUUUACCUAUCCUCUCCAUUUAAUAAAGCAAGCCAUGGGAUGUAAGGUAUCCUGGAGUACGCCAUCUGCUGUAAACGACGCACUUGGACUGCUUUCCAUGAAGCCCAAUCUUUGGCGGGAGGCCUGUAUGUUCUUGGACACAACAGUGCUCUCACCGCACUGCGUGGGGGAACCUAAAGUAUGCAUGGAGAAAAAUGAAAGUAUAGACAAAGCUUUCGUGUGUACUAAUGCUGAUAGUUUGGACGGAAGUGUCGAAGAGGAGGUGGAAUCUUCAGCGGACGCUACGUCAAGCUUCGUCCUCGACCACGAUUCGAGUUUUUGCCACAUGCGCCCCAAUGCCGUUACGGUUUACCAAACUUGCAGAGUUCUUUGCCAGUCACCGGAAACCGCUUUUUCCUACGCCAAGGCGCUUUUAGAUCGUUUCGAUAUACCCAUCAUCACCGAUUUCAAGGCGACAGAGCAGUAUUUGAGCUUCUGUGCACAUUCCGGACGCUGGCAAGAGGCAUUAUGUAUUAUGAAGAAGCAUCGGCAGCAACUUGAGAAAGAACGGCAUCGAAAUACCAUUGCGGGUCAGCGAGGUGCAAGCUAUGCGUCUUUAGCGGGAUGCACUGUCUCCGAUAGAAUGCAUUCCAGUAACGACAAGUCUUUUAAUUUUAACCAACUGUGUGUUCACUACAGCCCGAAUGUAUACCUUGCGUUGGUAGAGUUAUUUAGCAAGUCACGCUGUACCGAGGGUGUGGAUGCGCUUCUGCAGCAAAAAUCCCUCUCAAAGUUUUAUAAUCCACAGACGCUUUCACGUGCCUACAACGCUCUAAUUCAGACCUCAAAAUCGGUUGAUGAGGCAAUGCGUUAUUGUGACAGGCUCACUUGUUCUCUGCGCCAAAGAUCGCAUAAGAGAUCCCCAGGGAAAGAGAACCUCCAAUAUGAUGCAUCUGCCGAUCCGAGACACCAGCGAACACAGACUGAGGAGCCUGGCAUUUCCAUAAAUCAGGAAACCCUUGAGGCGCUGGAAAACGAAUCUCUUCAUCAACUUACGAUACUGAAUGCCAUGGAAGGAAGUUGGAAGGAGGCGGUGACUAUUUUUCAGCACCUCUUGCAUGAUCCACGGCGGAAGCUUUAUGUGCCCACGACGGAGGUUCAUGAUUGUGUACAAUAUGCCCUUGCGCAAGCACCUGCACCAGGUGCUUCUUGGCAUUUGUCCGUGUCACUCUUCUUUGAGUUGUGCAAGGAGCGCGAACUUUCAACAUCACCACUGGCAUUUCAGUCUACUGUUAAGAAGUGUUCCUCACAGGGUGCUGGUGAGGUAGUUCAGACGCUGUUCAAAUUUCUUAUUCGAAAAGGUGUAUGA